AUGCCCAACAUCAUGGUAAACUUGCUUGACCAAAUCCAAGACGCGGCUGUCAAGAUCCCUUUGGGGGUCUACGUAGCCGUUUGCUUCGGGGUCUCUAUUUCCUCAUGUCUUUUACUCGUCGUUUAUCGUCUAUUCUUUCAUCCUCUUGCCGGAUUCCCUGGGCCAAAGCUUGCCGCUGCCACUCUCUGGUAUGAGACAUACUACGAUGUUUGGCUUAAGGGCAAGUAUGUGUUUGAGAUCAGGGACAUGCACAAGAAAUACGGUCCCAUUGUUCGAGUCAACCCCCAUGAAAUCCACAUUGAUGACCCAGAAUUCUACCACGAAUUCUACUCCACUUCCAGAAAGCUGAAGAAGUAUCCUUGGUACUACAAGGUCUCCGGUGUUGCUGAGGUGUCUUUCGGAACAGAGGAUCAUGACACCCACCGUCGUCGCGUUGGCGUCUACAAAAAUCUCUUUGCUUUGCGCUCUAUCCAUCAGUUCGAGCCACAGAUCAAGGCCAACAUUGACAAGCUCGGCCACAUUCUGAAAGACAAGGCUGAGACGCAAGGCGUGGUCAAUGUAUCCCAUGCCUACCGUGUCUUGACAUCCGAAACCAUCACGUCGUAUAUCGGACUUGCUCCCAGCCCUCUUUUGGAGGAUGAAAACCUGGGAGAGGCCUACCGUAAAUACGCCAGAAUUGUGACCGAAAGCUCUGUACUUGUUCGCCACUUCCCUCCCUUGGCCUACUUCAGACUUGUGCCUAGCUGGAUCGUCACGCGGUUGAGCUCCGACUUUGGCAUUUUGAAGAAGCACCUUGAAACCUUGAGGGUCCAGGUCGAAUUGGCCUGCGCCCAGAAUGAGACACGCGAGAAGACUGCGCACAGCACCAUGAUUCACGGCAUUGUCGGCAAUGAACGCCAUAGCAGCACAAGCAUUAACGAGAUCACCGAAGAGGCGCUCAUCCUUGAAGGUGCAGGAACAGACUCAACUGCCCAAGCUUUGGAAGCCGCGACCUUCUACAUCCUGAAUGAUCCCCAUGUCAGGGCUCGGCUUAAAGAAGAAUUGAUCAAGGCAAUCCCAGAUCCACAGAACUUGCCUCCUCUGCCAAAACUGAAGGAGAUUAAAUAUCUUGCGGCCGUGGUUAAUGAGACACUUCGAGUGUGCUCCCCGGCAAGUAGUAGGUUCCCGAGAGUCAACGACUAUACGGUAACCGAGUACAAGGGGUGGAAAAUCCCUCCCAAGACCCCAAUGUCCAUGAACAUCUGGAACUGCCAUCGCAACGAUGCCAUUUUCCCCAACCCCGAACAUUUCAACCCUGAGAGAUGGCUAUCAGACUCCGCCGGGAGUCUCGAAAAAUACCUGGUACCCUUUGGUAGCGGCUCCAGAAUGUGCAUUGGGAUGAACCUCUCUGUGGCCGAACAAUACUUGGUCCUUGCCACACUCUUCCGUCAAUUCGACUUCAAGCUUUUCGACACCCAUGUUGACGAUGUGGCCAUGGAUUCCUCGUGCCUUAUCACUCUCUGCAAGGCGGAUUCAAAGGGCGUGCGAGUCACGGUUAGCGACCUGUCGGCUGAGUGA